AUGGCCUCCGCAGCAUCCAUAAGAGCCAAUUGCAGAAAGGUCAUCUGCAUUGGCCGAAACUACGCAGACCAUAUCGCGGAGCUGAAAAAUGCCCGCCCAAAACAGCCGUUCUUCUUCCUCAAGCCGCCGUCCUCGCUGCUGCUGCCGGGCCAAGGGCCUAUGUUGAAGCCGCGGGGCGUGACGGUGCAUUAUGAGGUAGAGUUGGGGCUUGUCAUCGGGAAGACGGUGCGGGAUAUGCAUGCGGAAGAUAGGGAAGGGGCGCUGGAUUCGAUUGAGAACUACCUCGUCGCCAUUGACAUGACCGCGCGCAACGUGCAAGACGAAGCCAAACGCAAAGGCCUCCCCUGGUCCAUCGCGAAGGGCUUCGACACCUUCCUCCCCAUCAGCAACCCGAUCCCGCGCCAGAAGAUCCAUCCGCGUCCCGACAACCUCGAGCUGUGGCUCUCCGUGAACAAGCAGAUCAAGCAGCGCGAUAACACGAACCUCAUGCUCUACAACAUCACGCGCCAGCUGAGCGAUAUUAGCAGGGUGAUGACCUUGGAGAAGGGAGAUAUUGUGUUAACCGGCACGCCGAAGGGAGUGGGCCCGGUGGUGGCGGGUGAUCGGAUGAGUGCGGGGGUGAGGAUGGAUGGGAAGGAGAUCGAGGAGGGGAGGAUUGAGGUGGAUGUCGUGGAGAGGGAGGGGCCGUAUGAGUUCAAGGAGACAUAG